AUGUGUGCGUGUGUUUUCGUUGAGAACAGUCAGAAGUCAGCUGUUGUAUUGAUCCACCAAAAAGAAUGGUUAAAAGCCGGUGGCAGAGAUGAUCUUUUGGAGAAACCUUAUUUGAAAUCAACACACAGAUUUUGUUCUCGUCAUUUCGCUCCAUCGUGUUUUAAGAAUAAACACUUAUGCCCUGAUGCUGUACCAACUCUGUAUUUACCAGGAUCGAAUAAUGAAGGUAGAUUGGACAAGAUUAAACACCACGACAUAAUGUGCAACAGUUGCAACAACAUAAUUCUCGGCUUCAGAUACAAGUGCGUCACCUGCAUAGAUUAUGACCUAUGUCCCAAGUGUGAAAUGCUGGAGACCCAUCCGCAACACUAUAUGAUAAGAAUACCCAAGCCUUUGAAAUUUGAACAUAUUCAACCAGACUGCAGUGAAACAACAGAUGACUCCUCAUGUGAUAGUAGCGAUGAUGAGCCUAUCACUAAAUAUGUCAAGCAUUAUGACAGUGGUGUGGAUCUGUCUGAUGAUGUGAAGGACACAUUACGUAAGGAAGUAGCAAGAGUUUUGAAAUUAAAAGACAAUGAAGAAAGUAAAACAGCCAGUAAACAGUUAAAAGACAAAAAUUCUACACAAAAAAGGAGUAGAGUUGAAAUUGUUUCAGCAAGACCAAUUAAGAGGCAAAAAUCCAAUACGGACCUCAUUCAUAAAGUGGAGGUACUUGAGCCAAGUGACACUCCAAAGUUACCAGAAGUGGCAUUUGCAGACGUUAAUCAGCUUAGUGACCAGGGUGAUGUUAAGCUUGAGGUCCCAGUGCCCUCAGGGAGUGCAGAUGAAUUCGUCCAACCAUUAAUGCAUGUGAAAUUGAGCGACGAUCUCACCGAGCUCAUGAUAGAGAUGACGCAGAACGGACAGAAGACUGUCUAUAAAUACAUAGAUUAG